AUGGAGAGUAGAGAAAGGAGCGUAUCAGUGGUGAAGAGGGGAGAUACUUCCGCUGAGAUUGCCCAAUCGCAGAGUACGAGGUUGGGGAGGUCGUCUUUUCUUGUUCCGUACGCCACGGUCGAGGGAGGAACCGGGCCCGGAGGGGGUUGGGGAGGUGGCCCAAACCUGCCAGCCAACCUAGCCCCCGGGUCCAGCUUCCGCCUGAGACCCAUCUUGGUCCCCAGCGUUCUACACGUUUUUGCUUUCCCCUGCCCCCAGUUCCGUCGGGAAGUCGGAAUUUCCAGAUUUGCUUCUCUGUAUAGGACUGUCGGUGAUCCGGCUGGAGACCUUGACGUAAAUCAGCAUCAGUCUAAGGGCCUUGGUGCCCUGACUCGGAUCCCUGGAUUCAAGGAACCUGAAGACCCACAUCCCAGCUAUUCCCAUGAACCUGCCCAAGACCUCAAAUACCUCUUCAAGAAGGUGAUCCCCAAGCCAAGGGACAACUGCAUUGAUAAACCUUCCAGAUUGGCAGCUCUCCCUUCCUGUCUCCUGGAACACUCAUUCUUGGAACCCAGCUGCCAUACUGUGAGAAAGCCCAGGUGGCCUCAUGGAGAAGCCCAGGUGGAGAGGACCCCACUUGCCAUCCAUGUGAGUGAAGAAGACACCCUGGCAGGUUCCAUGCAGAGCCGAGCCACACUGCACGGCUUGUGGGAUCUUAGUUCCAUGACCAGGGAUUGAACCAGGCCCUCGGCAGUGAAAGUGCAGAGUCCUAACCACUGGACCGCCAGGGAAUUCCCAAAUCUCCUUAUAAGGACAUUUGUGACUACAUUUAUGGCCCACCUGGAUAGUCCAGGAUCAUCCCCCAUCUCAAGAUCAUUAAUUUAAUCACAUGUGCAAGGCCCCUUUUGCCAUGGAAGGUAAUAUUCACAGGUUCUGGGGAUUAGGACCUGUAUAUCUUUGGGGUCCAUUAUUCAGCUGGAACAGGGCCAUUCAAGUUUUCUAUUUUGGGACUUUGAAACAAGGGUUCUGUGGCUGAACAGACCUAAAAGUCACUGGACUAAGGAUUUCUUUUUCUAUCUUUGUCCAAGUUUUUUUAGGUAUCCAAAUUAUGUUACUAAACACAUUGCAUAUUUAUGCAUAAAUAUGCAUAAAGUACAUUGAGAUAUGAUCCUUGUUCUCUAAGAGUAUAAAUAAAAUCAUAACUAUCUGAUCUUUCCACAUUUGAUAGGAUUUUCCCAUUAAAAGAUCUGGACUAGGGCUUUCCUGGUUGCGCAGUGGUUAAGAAUCCA